UUCCGCUGAAUCCAGUGCGGGCAUGCAGUGUGGGAGGAGCCUUCAAGCGCUGGGAACAUCCUUUCUACUGACCUUGGACAAACCGUAGAGCGAGAGAAAGAGGGAGGGAGAGAGAGAGAGAGAGAGAGAGAGAGAGUGGAGAUGAGAGAGAGAGCGGGUGAAGACAGUGGAGUGCUGCUAGACCACACCGCCGCAGACUGCCGCUGACCGCCGUACGCGAGAUAGGAGUCGGAGUCGGGGCGGGAGGAAGUACCUGGCGGCUGUCCACGAACGCGGGGGAGCGGAGGAGGAGGAGAGCGGAGGAGGAGAGGAGCUCGCUUCUCACUGAGGAAGAGAUUAAGGCGCGGAGCUCGUAGUGCUGGUUACCCCUCCCAUUUCACGGAGAUCCGUCCUUCCUCCGCUUUAACCGAGUUACCAACUUAACGCCUACAAGCCUGAAGAGCGUACGUGGUUGGCUCCAGUGGAGAAGACUGAAUCAAAGAAUAAAAGGAAUAAUCACAAAACUCAUGACUGAUCUUCGUCUGACAAUGUUGGAUCGUCUUAAAACAAUGUAAUCGAUUGGAUUAAACUUCGGAGAACUACAAUACAACAGUCUAAUCGCUGUCCGUUUUUCAGCAUCUCGCUAAGAAAUGAAGAAGUCUGAGGGUCCCUUAAAAUCCUGAGCCGGACAAGGCCGUGAGCCAGAGGGCAGGAGGGGCCCGUCCGAGGCUCCGCCCCCGCCCCUGCGGCGGGGGGGGGGAGGCGGAGGAAGACGGCGGGGCGGCCGUCCGUCCGGGAGAGAUGGGGGACGGGGGCGGGGGCGUGGGCGUGGGCGCCGGGGGAGAGAGGGCGAGCCACUCCCACGUCCUGUUCGACCGCUUCGUCCAGGCCGGCACCUGCAAGGGCACGCUCAAGGCCUUCCAGGAGCUCUGCGACUUCCUGGAGCUCCGCCCCAGCGAGUACCGCGUCUUCUACCACAAGCUCAAGUCCCGCCUCAACCACUGGAAGGCCAAGGCCAUCUGGGCCAAGCUGGACAAGAGGGCCUGCCAUAAGGACUACAAGAAGGGCCGGGCGUGUGCCAACUCAAAGUGUCUGAUCAUCGGCGCGGGCCCGUGCGGCCUGCGGACGGCCAUCGAGCUGGGCUUCCUGGGGGCCAAGGUGGUCCUGCUGGAGAAACGCGAUGCCUUCUCCCGGAACAACGUGCUCCACCUCUGGCCCUUCACCAUCCAGGACCUGCGCGGCCUGGGCGCCAAGAAGUUCUACGGGAAGUUCUGCGCCGGCGCCAUCGACCACAUCAGUAUCCGGCAGCUCCAGCUGAUGCUGCUCAAGGUGGCGCUGCUCCUGGGCAUCGAGAUCCACGUCAACGUGGAGUUCAAGGGCCUGGUCGAGCCGCCCGAAGACCAGGAGAACGAGAGGACGGGCUGGAGGGCGGAGGUCAGUCCUCGCACCCACCCGGUGAACGAGCUGGAGUUCGACGUCAUCAUCGGGGCGGACGGGAGGAGGAACACGUUGCCCGGAUUCCGCAGGAAGGAGUUCCGGGGCAAACUGGCCAUCGCCAUCACCGCCAACUUCAUGAACCGCAACACCACAGCCGAGGCCAAGGUGGAGGAGAUCAGCGGCGUGGCCUUCAUCUUCAACCAGAAGUUCUUCCAGGACCUGCGGGAGGCCACAGGAAUUGACCUGGAGAACAUCGUCUACUACAAGGACGACACGCACUACUUCGUGAUGACGGCGAAGAAGCAGAGCCUGCUGGAGAAGGGGGUCAUUCUCCACGACUACGCAGACACAGAGCUGCUCCUCUCCCGGGGGAACGUCGACCAGGCGGCCCUGCUCUCCUACGCCCGCGAGGCGGCCGACUUCUCCACCAACCACCAGCUGCCCUCGCUGGACUUCGCCAUCAACCACUACGGCCAGCCGGACGUGGCCAUGUUCGACUUCACCUGCAUGUACGCCUCGGAGAACGCCGCCCUGGUGCGCCGGCGCCACGGGCACCAGCUGCUGGUGGGACUGGUGGGAGACAGCCUGCUGGAGCCCUUCUGGCCAAUGGGCACGGGCAUCGCCCGCGGUUUCCUGGCAGCCAUGGACUCGGCGUGGAUGGUGCGCAGCUGGGCGCAGGGCGGCACGCCGCUGGAGGUGCUGGCCGAGAGGGAGAGCAUCUACCGUCUUCUGCCCCAAACCACCCCUGAGAAUGUGAGCAAGAACUUCAGCCAGUACAGCGUGGACCCCACCACCCGCUACCCCAACAUCAGCCUUCACCUCCUCAGGCCCAACCAGGUACGACACCUCAUCGACACGGGGGAGUCCAGGGACCUGCGCAUCGACAUGGAGAACGUGGUGAACUCCUCGACGCCCAACUUAACUAGAAACGACGGCGUCCAUUUUCGGGAUCUUGUGCGAGAAUCCAUUGCGCGCUCCAGCAAGCUCCUGAGCUGGUGCCAGCGGCAGACGGAAGGCUACAGGAACGUGGCGGUGGCCGACCUCACCAUGUCCUGGAAGAGCGGGCUGGCCCUGUGCGCCGUCAUCCACCGCUUCCGCCCCGACCUCAUAGACUUUGACUCCCUGGAGGAGCGGGACGCGGAGAAGAACAACCAGCUGGGGUUCGACGUGGCCGAGCGGGAGUUCGGCAUCUCCCCCAUCAUGACGGGCAAGGAGAUGUCCUCCGUGGGGGAGCCCGACAAGCUGUCCAUGGUCAUGUACCUCAGCCAGUUCUACGAGAUGUUCAAAGACACGGUGCCCCCUGGUGAACACCUGAACCUGAGUCCGGAGGAGAAGGCGGCUCUGAUCGCCAGCACCAAGUCCCCCAUCUCCUUCCUCAGCAAGCUGGGUCAGAGCAUCUCCCGAAAGCGCAACCCCAAGGACAAGAAAGAGAAGGAUAUCGAUGUUGUUGGGAAGCGGAGGAAGACCAGCCAGGCGGGCCAGUCUGAGGACGAGGAGGUUCCGCGGGGUUGCCGUGACGACAGGCCCCAGGCGAGCGGCGGCCUGGCGGAGCGGAGGCCGGAUUCGGCGGCGGCGGCGGCGGCGGGAGGGAACCACAACAAAGUCAAGUCCAUGGCCACCCAGCUGCUGGCCAAGUUUGAGGAGAACGCACCAGCCCAGUCCACAGGUCUUAAGAGACAGGGGGGGUCCAUGCCUGACCUGGGCUCCCUGCUCCGCCCUUCUCUGCCCCCGCCCCCCCCCAAAGAGGCGGCUCGCCUGCCCCCCGUCCCUGCAUGGAGACAGGCCAGAAGCGGUACAGGCUCACGGUGCUGCCCAAAGAAAACCAUUCUGCUCUCCUCUUCCUCCUCCACCUCCUCCUCACUCUCUCUUCACGCACAGAGCUCGCUGAGGAAGGAGUUCCCGCAGAACAUCGGCGGGAGCGACGUCUGCUUCUUCUGCCGCAAGCGCGUCUACGUGAUGGAGCGCCUCAGCGCCGAGGGGAGGUUCUUCCACCGCAGCUGCUUCAAGUGCGACCACUGCGGCACCACCCUCCGGCUCUCCUCCUACGCCUUCGACGUGUGCGACGGGAAGUUCUACUGCAAGCCCCACUACUGCUACAGGCUGUCGGGACAGGCCCAGAGGAAGAGGCCCGCCCCCAACGCCGCCCCGCUCAACGCCAAGGAGAAGCAGGCCCCCCUGCCCGCGCCCCAGGCGGUGGACGGUCCGGGACGGGCGUCGCCCGCGGCGGCCCCCGGCGAGCUGCGGGUCUCAGCGGUGGAGGUGAACGGCGUGCAGGAGCCCAGCCUGGCCAAGCGGCUGCGGGGCACGCCGGAGCGCAUCGAGCUGGAGAACUACCGCGUCUCCCUGCAGCGCGAGGAGGAGCUGGAGGAGGUGCCCGAGGAGACGCUGGCCGAGCACAACCUGAGCAGCGUGCUGGACAAGGCCACCGACGCCGACGAGGGCUCCAGCAGCUCCGAGUCGGAGAUGGAGGAGGAGAACGGCCAUCGCCCCGGGGACUCGGGACCGGGGGGGGGCGCGGCCUGGCCGGAGGCGGAGCCGCACGCCGAGCCGAAGGUCGAGGGCGGGGCGACGACGACGGGCGGCGAGGGAGGAGGCGGGGCCCGGACCGACGCGCCGGGAGCUCGGGACGAAGAGGAGGAGGAGGAGGAGGAGGAAGAAGAUGAGGAGGACGAGGAGGAGGAGGAGGAGGAGGAAGACAAGGAUGAGGAAGAGGAGGAAUCUAGUGAUGAGGGGGAGUACAGCCCCUGGGAGAGGGAGCUCCGCUCGGGGGUUUGGCUUGAGAACCUGCGGGACGAAGAGGACGUGUGUACGUUCAAAGCCAGAAACCUGCACAUCCAGCAGGCCCUGGAGCCCGUGGACCCCCUGGCGGCCUCCCGGACGGACGCGGGCGAGAGGGACGCCCGCCCCGAGGGGGUGGGGGACCAGGAGGGCACGUCCGCCUCCCCGCCCACCCGCUCCACAGAGCCCUGUGAGGAUGACGACCCGGAAGCAGAAGCGGGAAGCCCGGAUGUGGAGCCUGGCACUGAGCUGGAUGAAGACGACAUUCCAUCGGACGCGGAGGCAGAAGCUCGGCUGCUGAGCUCUGAGCGAGGCGAGCCGCUGCCGGAGGACGGGGGGGUGUCGGAGAGCCUGGAGCGGGUGUCCAGCCUGGGACAAUCAUCCAUUAUCGAAAAGCAGUCCGAGGGAGAGGAAGUGACCUCACCAGGCCCGGAGUUCAGAGAGCCUGUGACAGAGGACACCGGUAAACCCCUCCUGUCUCCUCUUCCUCCUCCUCCUACUCCUCCCCUGGCGAUACCCGCUGACACGGGUCCCUCGCCCGGGACGCCGGAGGAGGACACGGUCAAACCCGAGAGGACCCCCUCGACCCCCGAGGCCGCCAGGAGUCCCCCCGGCUCCGCCCCCCCGCGGUCCCCGAUCCGCCUGCAGCCCGCCCCGCUCCACGGGACGGCGCAGCCGGAGUCGCCGGUCCAGAGCCGGCCUUUCGCCUGCUCCCCGACCGGCAACCCGCUGUCCCCCAUCUGCUCCCAGCCCUUGCCCUGCAAGGAGCCGUCCGCGCCCGCCUCCCCCGGCUCCCCGGUGCGGACGCAGCCCGCGCCCGCCACCGCCUCCACGCCGCUGGCCGAGCCCGCCCCGGAGAAGGGCCCGGCCGAGCCGCCGCGGCAGCAGCCCGACUCGCCGGCGGAGACGCCCACCAAGCGGGCGGACAUCAUCGAGGAGUUCUGGAUGAAGAGCGCCGAGAUCCGGAAGAGCCUGGGCCUCACCCCGCUGGAGAGGAGCAGGGCGGCGGCGGCCCCCCCCGAGAGGAGCCUGACCGUCCCCACCCCGGACUCGUCCUCCUCCCCCAGGUCCUACACCCCGGAGGACCUGUCCGACGAGCUCCGGUCCCCCUUCGCGGGCCGCACGGUCAUCCGGCGGCUGAACAUCACGGUGGAGGGGCAGGUGAUCUCGCCCGUGGAGAAGGAGCCCAAGAGCAGCGGCUCGGAGAGGAGGGACCUGAGCAGCAGCUCCGGGCUGGGCCUCAACGGCAGCAGCGCGGUCACCAGCCAGACGGCGGCCAGCGAGAGCUUCAACAACUCCGACUCGGCCAUGCUGACGCCGCCGUCCAGCCCGCCCCCUCCGGUGCCCAAGGAGGACCCCGUCAAGCAGAAGAAGAGCCAGGUGGCCUGGGACAACGAGCCCGCCCCCGGUCCCGUCCGAGCCGCCGCCCCCACCACCGCGCCCACUCAGGCCCCGCCCCCGUCCACGGCCCCGGAACCCGUAACUUCCCCGGCGCCCACGUCCGUGACCACGACGACGACCACCACCACCACCACCACCGCCGUCGUCAUGCGGGAGUCGAGCAAGCCCCGCCGGCCGGAGGUGCGGAAGUCCUUCAUCGAGUGCGUGGAGGAGAUCCCCUUCGCCGACGACGUGGAGGACACCUUCGACGAGCGCACGCCGGACAACAGCGCGCACGAGAGGUUCUUCACCCCGCCCACCGGCACCGGCGGGACCCCGAAGGACAGGCCGCCCCUCCACCUGGCCCUGGCCAUGGAGAACGGCAAGCCCAAGAUCCCCAGCGCCCAGGUGCCUGUCGCCGCGGCGGCUAAGGGCGCCUCCGCCUUCUCCCCGGAGGCCAAGGAGGUGGCGGAGGAGCGCGUGCGGGCGCGGGAGAAGUCGAUCAAGAGCCGAGCGCUCAAGGACGCCGUGGCCAAGCAGCUGGGCAAGGCGAAGGAGUCGGAGGCGCACGCCAAGGGCGGGUCGCCCCGGGUGGCGUGGAACGUCCCGGAGUCGGUCUCGCCCGAGACCUCGGCGGUGAAGGCCCUGGAGUCCCGGAAGCAGGCGGAGGCGCUGGGGGAGCGCUUCGCCACCCCCCAGGGCAGCAGGAGCCUGGAGGUCUCGGCGGCCUCCUCGGAGACCUCGGCGGGCGGGGGUGGGGGGGGCAAGGUGAAGAAGCGCAGCUCCCUCUUCUCCCCGCGCAAGAACAAGAAGGAGAAGAAGGCCAAGGGCGAGGCCCGCGCCUCCGAGGACGCGCCCAAGCACAAGUCCCUCUGGAAGGUCGUCUUCUCCGGCUACAAGAAGGACAAGAAGAAGAAGACGACGACGACGGCCGAGGACAAGUCCCUGCCCAGCACGCCCUCCAGCUCCACCACCACGACGGACUCCGGGAAGAGGAAGGCCUCGCCCCUCGGGAGGUCCUCAGAUCUCAACCUUCGCAGGAACCUGAGCUUCUCCGAGGACUCGGACCUUUCCUGCGACGACGUGCUGGAGAGGUCCUCUCAGAAGUCCAAAGCAGACUCUGUUUACGUCCCACACGCGCUGGCGUUCAAGAGAUCGUACGUCGUGAAGAAAGCUUACACGGAGGAGGAGCUGAACGCCAAGCUGACCCGGAAAGUGCAGAAGGCCGCCCGGAGGCAGGCCAAGCAGGAGGAGCUGAAGAGACUGCACAGGGCCCAGAUCAUCCAGAGGCAGCUGGAGCAGGUGGAGGAGAAGCAGCGGCAGCUGGAGGAGAGGGGCGUGGCCGUGGAGAAGGCCCUGCGCGGGGAAGCAGGGUCGCAUAAGGGCACUUAUAUUAGCCCCAGACAGCAUAAGAGAAGAUCAGACUAUUGGGGAGAGUCUAAUUACAGUGAAAUCCUGGACUUGCAUCUGGGCGGAAUGGGGAAGAAGGACGACCCCAAGCUCAUGCAGGAGUGGUUCAAACUGGUGCAGGAGAAGAACGCGCUGGUGCGCUACGAGUCUGAGCUCAUGAUAUUCGCGCGGGAGCUGGAGCUGGAGGACCGCCAGAGCCGGCUGCAGCAGGACCUGAGGGAGCGCAUGGCCGUGGACGACCACCUGAAGACGGAGGCGGAGCUGGCGGAGGAGCGGCGCAUCCUGAGCGAGAUGCUGGAGGUGGUGGAGCAGCGCGACUCCCUGGUGGCGCUGCUGGAGGAGCAGCGGCUGCGCGAGAAGGAGGAGGACCGGGACCUGGAGUCCGUCAUGCUCUCCAAGGGCUUCAACCUCAACUGGGCCUGAGCCCCCGCCCCCCCCCCCUCCCCUCCCGGUGUGACAUCACUCCCCUCCC